AUGUAUGAAGUGAAAGAGUUGGAAGAAUUUGUAGCAAUGGAGAUGGAAAAGAUGAUAAAUGUUGACGUAUGGGAUGAAAUUCUUCAGAUUGCUUGGAGAACUGAAAAUAUAAGGCUGAAGGCAAAUGUGUUAA